UGCUGGACGACAGCCACACUGGCGGACGUGUAAAAGAAUCCAAAAUUUUGCAUUUUUCUCUUGUUUUUUUUCCCGUGUCCCCGCUGAAAACCGAUGUGCAUCCGGGCAGGAGACCUAGGAAUCGGGAACCCAAAAUGAGCGCUCGCAGGACGAGGAGCGGUCCCACGCUGAAUUUCAAGGCGGUGCUGCUGGGCGAAGGUUGUGUGGGCAAGACGUCGCUGGUGCUGCGCUACAUGGAGGAUCGCUUCAAUGCCCAGCAUCUGAGCACGCUGCAGGCCUCCUUUGUGACCCGCAAGGUGGCCCUGGAGGAUGGGAGGCGGGCCCAGUUGAAUAUAUGGGAUACGGCCGGUCAGGAGCGAUUCCAUGCCCUGGGGCCCAUCUACUAUCGGGGAUCCGAUGGGGCCCUGCUCGUCUACGACAUAACCGACCAGGACUCGUUCCAGAAAGUAAAGUCCUGGGUGCGGGAACUUCGGCAGAUGCGCGGCACGGAGAUUGCCCUGAUAAUCGUGGGCAACAAGACUGAUUUGGAGGAACAUCGGGCGGUGGCGUACGAGGAGGCCCUCCAAUAUGCCCGUACAGUGGGCGCUCAGUAUGUGGAAACGUCGGCCAAGGAGAACGAGGGUGUGGCCGAGCUAUUCGAGCUGCUGACCCAUCUGAUGCUGGAGCAGCUCAGCCAGCGGGAGCCGGAUGCGAGUCCGCUGCGGCUUCAGAAUCCGGAUACGGAUGCCCUCAGCAAUUCCGAGGACUCGGAACUACCGGAUCCCGGCGAUCCUGCGGGCCAGCGAUCCUGCUGCGGCAUUUAGCCGUCCCCAUUGUGAUAGUAAUCAUAAUUAUUUACUAGUAGACCUGUAGCCGAUGUUCAUCUUAUGUAUAUAUUAUAUAUUUACGUAUAGCGCAUGUGUUUCUGUUAUCAAAUAACCCUAAAACCAAAUUAACCCCACGUAUUUAUGUUGAUCCUAAAUAUUUGUUUUCCAAAUUGCUCAGACAUUUUGUAAUGUUGUUUCUCGGCACCUAGUUUUAUAUACAAAUUUAGCGAUUGUCAUUUCGAACAUUCGAUUUAUUCCGCUCUUUACGUGCGCCAAGCAAUAAAUUAUCUUAUACUUGCA